AAACUAAAUAUAUUCAACUUGCAUUUUGCACUGUCAAUAGAGAUAGAAAUUAUAAAACAAUAGUUUCAGAGUUUUCUAACUAUCUUCUUUCAAGUGAACAAUCCAAUGGUGUGUAGUGCACUAGGUAGUUAUGCUGCCUUCUGCUGGAGCCGCACUGCUCCACCGGCCCGUGCAGAGAUGGCGAGGAAACCCCGUGGACACGGCACUGCUUUUUCAUGACGGUGUAAUGGAUGAUGAAGACGACCGCCGUCUUCUGGAUUUUAUAGGAGAUGUGCAAGCAUUGAAUGAAUAUCUUCAUGGUUCAAAUAGUAAAUCUAUCGGAGAAGAUGAUGUGACAAAUGCAGCUUUUGGGUCUGCCAGCUCUUUCUUCACCAGUGACACUGGUAGCUCUAAUGAAGGACUCAAAGAUGGCCACAAUCAUUUGGGAGAAUUUGAGGAGGCUGGUGAUGUUGAGCUUCAGCUCUCAAGUGGCCUUCCGUUUAUCGAGGAUGAGCUUGAAGGUGGAAACUCUCCAGGUGGGGAUGAUCUUGGGGGUGAGGACCAACCCUUUGACAUCCUCCAGAAGUCAUUGCUGGAAGCAGAUAUCACAGAGCAGACAUUGGCUCAAGAGGCCCUUUUGGAGUCCCAACCAUCUCUUAUUCCCACAGCUGACGCCUUCCCUCAGCAGCUGGUCUCUGGGGGUUUUGGAGGUCCUGGUGUGGUGGCACCAUUGCCCCAUGCUGGGGCACAACCUCAGGCUUUUAUCCAGCAGGUUCCCCAGCUACCCUUGCCAAAUGGCCCCACAGGACACAUCCAGGUAGUUGGACCUUUUAAUGGCAGUGCCUCCUCUAUGAUGACUAUCAACAGUUUGGAACAACCUCAGAUCCUUUUGAGGCCAAGUGGAAAUUUAAUGACCAACAGCAGUGGGCAAGGUGCCAUGUUUGCCCCUUCCACGGCUGGUCAGGUGUCAAUGUCCUUCAAUAAAAGGACAGUUCCUGUUCAGAAUUUUAUCAUUCAGAGAGGCACUGCACAACAGACAUUGAUUAGACCUAUUCAGCCUAAACCCCUACAGUCAGGGGGACAAACUGUAUACAAUAUCAGCAACAUUGGGCUUCAACCCAGCAGCACCACUACUGCUAAUGUGGUCAGUAGCACCUACACAGCCAGUGGCUCUCCUCAACAGAUGAAAGUGGUAAACCCAGCCAGCAACAUUGUAAUGCAUUCGCCUCUGGGGCAACAAGCGCAGCCCCAACCCCAGUCCAGUCUGCCUCAGGGGCAGUUUUUGCUACCCAGUUCUAUUUCCUUCACUCCUGGAACCACUGUUCAUGGCUUCCAGGCUGUGAAUGGGCAGGUGAUACAAGCAAACACUCAAAUGGGCAACCCGUCCUCAAUGAGCACUACCACCUACUCGAUCUUGACCAAUCAGAACACAACAGUACAGCUUAUCGCUGGGCAGAACUUUUCAGCUGGUGGGCAGUUGAUAAUGAAUCAAGGUUUGGUCAGUGGAGGUCAGAUAGGCCAAGCUUCACCGACACCUGUUGUGCAGCUGUCACAGAGACCUGGAGCCAUGGCCAAGGUCUGGACCGCCAGUGCAUCGCCUAGCCCCACUCCUAUGCAGAUGUCACAGACAUCGGGCCACCUUACCAUGGUUAAUUCUGGUAUCCAAGGCCCACAGGUUUGUCAGCAGUUAUCGGUUAGCCCAGGACAGCACCUCCUUAUGCCCGUAGCUCAGAACUCUCCAGCUUCUUCUGGAGUUCAGGAGUUUCAGCAAGUCUCUCUAAACCAGGACACCACCGGAGCAACACAAAGAGGGCAGACACAACUAGUUAAUCUCCUUGGAACCAAAGCUGUGAAAACGCUGACUCCUGCCAAUCAGGAAUCGCCACUCACACCUAAGCGACCUGCAACUCAGCAGCUUACUAGAGGAGGAAUGAUCCUCCAGCAGCUAAGAAGGGAUCAUAGUGGAGUCAUGUCUCCAGAGCGGACACCCUUCGUUUCGUUAAAUGAUGUCAUUGACAAAUUGCUUCCAUAUCAUGUUUUCCAAGGCUCACCACGACAAGAUGAAGAAUUCACCAAAGUUGAUGAAGAGUUUGAGGCAGUUGCCACACAAGUGUUAAAAAGAACACAGGCCAUGGUGAACAAAUACAGAUGCUUACUCAUGGUGGAAGCAGAGAUUAUUGAUGCCACCAUCUCCUACCAUCAUGGUAGGAGAUGGUGGCAUCAAUAA